AUGUCUUUGCUUCGACCUUACGGUAAGGUCGACGAAACCGACCAAUUGAGGCUCGACGCUAGCCGGAGGACUCGGAAGAGGAUUGCUGUCAUUGUUUUGUCCUCUGUUGUUCUUGUUGGUGUUGUUGUUGCUGUCGUGUUUGGUACUAGAAAUGCUUCCAAUAACAAUGAUGACAGUAACAAUCAAAGUGGUGCUCUUUCAACUUCAAUCAAAGCAGUUUGUGAUGUGACAUUGUAUCCUGUUACAUGUCAAAAUGCUUUUGGCCCUUUAGCUAACUCGAGCCACCUCGACCCCAGUCAGAUAUCCAAGCUUUCGGUUCAAUUGGCGCUCGGUGAAUUGUCGCGAGUUGCUGAUUACAUUUUUUAUCAUGCUAUUACCAAUUCAACUGACAAUAAGACCAUAUUGGCUUUGAAAAAUUGUCAUGAACUUUUGGACUUAGCAUUGGAUCAUUUGAAUAUCUCAUUGUCUUCUAGUGAUAUUACAUUGUUGAAAGCUGUGGAUGAUUUGAAAACAUGGCUAACAUCAGCUGCUACUUACCAACAGACUUGCAUUGACGGUCUCACCGAAGUCGAUCCGGCUUUGGCAAACCUCAUUGCAAACUACUUGAAGAACUCCACUGAACUGACUAGUAAUGGACUCGCCAUCGUGUCAUUCUUUUCGAAGCUUACGGAUUCUUUAAGUCUACGACGAUUGAUGAGUUAUGAAGAUCACCAAAGCAAUGGAGAUUGGGCACGCCCGAUACUCCGAAAGCUGGCUCAGAGAGAUAUCAGGAAGCAGGCUGACAUUGUCGUAGCGAAAGACAGUUCGGGGAAGUACAAAACAAUCACUGCAGCUCUCGAGGCUGUUCCUAAUAAGAGCAAGAAGAGAACUGUGAUUUAUGUGAAGAAGGGAACUUACAAGGAGAAUGUUGAAGUUGUGAAGAACAAAUGGAAUGUGGUAAUUGUUGGUGAUGGAAUGACUGCAACCAUAGUAACUGGCAGCCUUAAUGUCAUAGAUGGGACACCAACAUUUUCAACUGCAACAUUUGCUGCAAAGGGAAAAGGGUUCAUUGCCAUAGAUAUGGGAUUCAGGAACACUGCUGGACCGAACAAACACCAAGCGGUUGCUCUGAUGUCGACAUCCGACCAAUCGAUCUUCUACCGGUGCCAAAUGGAUGCAUACCAAGACACUCUCUACUCACACUCCAACCGCCAAUUCUACCGUGAAUGCAAGGUCUACGGCACGGUCGAUUUCAUCUUUGGAAACUCAGCAGUAGUCCUACAAAACUGCACCAUUGCACCCAGGUUGCCUCUUUUGGGCCAAAAGAACACAAUCACUGCUCAAGGCAGGUUUGAUCCUAAUCAAAACACUGGCAUUUCGAUACAAGACUCGUCGAUCCAACCAUACGAGAACUUGAAAACUACAGAAACUUACCUCGGCCGUCCGUGGAAAAACUACUCAACGACCGUGUUUAUGCAAAGUAAUUUGGGGAGUUUGAUUCACCCAAGUGGCUGGUUGCCUUGGGUUGGAACAUCAGCACCAGACACCAUAUUCUAUGCAGAGUUUCAAAACUAUGGCCCUGGUUCUUCCACAGCUAAAAGAGUUAAGUGGACGGGUGUGAAGAACAUUGACAUUAAAACUGCAAAGAAGUUCACAGUUUCUUCCUUCAUUGAUGGUAAAGAUUGGAUCUCAAAGGCACAAGUUCCCUUCAAAGCUAGCAUUUGA